AUUGGACGCGUCCGAAGAUGGCAACACCUCUUCGGCAUUCGCCGAACACUACUGACGUCGGCGACGGUGAUUAUCCUCAAACUGCACCUGAUUAUUCUAAUCUCUCGCAACACGGAAAAGACAGCUGGGCUCUAUAUACGUUAGCAAUGCAUUGAGUACCAAACGAUACUCCUUUAACGGAUUCGUGCGGUUGAUUAAAUCGGGUUGGCUGUUGGAUAGACGAGCGUGGAGGACCCACAUGUGUAUAGCUUCGUCAACUCGCACAGCGCAGUAUGAAUCCUCGAAACACAGAAAUACAUUUUCCCGCAUCCAUAACCGCCCAUCUCACGUAUGGAGGAACUGAAUCAGACCUCGACGGCUUUUGAAUAGCUAUGAAAGCGCCGAAUGACGAACAAAGAUCAAGAAGCGUUCGACGGCAUUGCGAACACGAGGCCGCUAUGUCCACCCUACGUUCAUUGAUCCUGAUAUUGUUCAGUAAAAUGAUAUAAGGAACGGGUACAGCCAACGACCGGUUUACACAUCCUUUCUUCCUUCUCCCCACUUUCUUCCUCACUUAGAAUGAGCUUCUUCCAAGGGACCAAUGGGGUCUCAAUUGGACAGGGCACGUUCAAUGCGGUUACAGGAAACCAGCGGCAGAAGAAGAAACGUACGGUAUAUGAUGAGUUCCCCGAUAUCCAACGCGGAUUUGUCCGCAGACUCGAGGACCUUGAUCACAAAGACCGUUUGUUGGGCUGGAAUUCCAGGUUACGAAAAUACGAAGCCAAAAUCCAUGAUGACAGCUCGAGUAAUAAUAUCUACAAUCACUAUACUAUUUCUAAGCGGGAGAAGAAGAAUCGUAGGAUUUAUGACGAGUUCCCUGAUAUACAGCGUGGACUUGUCCGCAGACUCAAGGACCUUGAUCACAAAGACUGUUUGUUACGCUGGAAUUCCAGGUUACGAAAAUGCGAAGUCAGAGUCAAGGGAACAAUCAGCACCGUCAAAAUCCAUGGCGACAGCUCGAGUUUUACGGUGAUGCCGUAUAAAGGGCAGGAUGCGCAAAAGGUGUGGAAAAAGGAGUUUCAGCAGUUCUCUGAGACCACAAAUACAACGAAGAUACAACUGUUUGGAAUCAACCGGUCAAGAAUACCUCUGCUAAUUUUUCAUGGAGAACUUGUGCCUCUCGCCCAUUUGUGGGAUAGGCUUGGACGAAGUUAUGCCUAUGAAUUGGCUUACAACAUGGAAUGUAAAGAAUCUGAGAUGUGGAUAGAUCCCGCGCAGGGAACUCUGAUUCGAGGAGCGGAGCGGCCCGAUUUCGAUCUACUAGAUCGCUUUCGCUUCCCUCCUAUCGGGACACUGCCCUCAACUGUCGAACUUCUCGACGAAAAUGUUUGCUUCCGCUACUUCUCUCGGUUGCCAUUGGAUAAGGAAUUCGACAAAGGCAUCAUUCAUAUGCUCCACUAUGCAUCCAAGAUAGAAGAAAAGAUAUCUUCGAUUAUCAGCAAACCGUGCGUCUUUUCUAGUAAGACGAAUCCCAUGAUCGCAGUCGGAAGGGGUCAAUGGCGUGUAUUUGGGUGCCUUAACCACUCCGGAGUCGCUAUGCCAGAUGGAAGAACACGAUUCACUAUUACAGACGAAAGCUCAGAGUUGUCAUUUCACUCCGAUACAUUCGGCGAUAUGCGUGCCUGGCUCUCGCAGGCUUCGAGUGUCUUUAAUAGACUUGGAAUAUCGUUGGACGAAGAGCUCUCGUCUUACGAGCUCGUUGUGCCAUCUAUCGUGUUGAGCGGAUCAAUCAAGAACUCCAGCAUCAAACACCAACGAUGCUCAGAAAAUCCACCCAUCUAUUUCUUCCUCCAUCCGCUCCCUUCAUUUCCGCUCGGAGAUGGUUCAGUCCUAUCCACCCACACCUGGUCUUAUGACGAAAAUGGGGAAACCCCCUUCACACACCAUCAUUGCGAGUAUCUUGGUCUACCCACCGAGCUUAGCCUGUACUUCCUGAGCGAGACUCAUCACUGGCGUAGCGAGACCUACAAAUCGAUCCACAAAUGGCAGGUUGCAAGAGGCUUUGAUCCAACCACAUCCGACUUUGCACGUUGCCUCGAAUAUCCCAUAUAUGAAGUUCUACCAGAGUCAGAGGAAGGCCGGUUCGAAGAGCUAAACAUAGGAUCAUCUGGUCGAUCGCCUGCCGAGGAGAGUUCGUCCUACGAUAAUAUUCCACAGUGACGGCCUAUAUCACCGAAGGGGGUAUGAGAAAGAUAUGAGUGUAGAAUGGUCAAUGUCUGCUUCCCCCUUAGUACACAGUAUCUGUUCACUGUCAAUUGACGUUGACAUGGAGUCAGAUGAAUGCUCCAUUCGCUCCGAAGGCCUUCCCACUGCGAGCGCAUCAAUUGCAGAUAUGGAAGUGGACUAAAAAGUCCUUGAUAUCGAAAUUGCCAGUCAUCAAGGCAUCACGAGUAGCCAUUU